AAAAACAGAAGAAGAAGAAGAAGUUUUGUGUAUGCGCAUGCGUACUGUCAGAUAACAGCAGCCGGUAAACAUGGCUGGUGUUGGUUUGGGACGAUGGGCCAAGGCUCUCGCUAAGGGUAAAGGUUCUGGCCUCUCAGCCCUUGUAUCGGGAUGUAGAGGAGCCUCCGGUGUGACAAAGGACAGUCUGCCCGGUCCAUUCCCGAAGACCCCAGAAGAGAGAGCUGCUGCUGCAAAGAAGUACAAUUUGAGGGUUGAGGACUAUGAACCGUAUCCAGAUAACGGAGAGGGCUACGGCGAUUACCCAAAACUACCAGACAGGUCCCAACAUGAGAGAGACCCCUGGUACCGAUGGGACCACCCUGACUUGAGGAGGAACUGGGGAGAGCCGAUGCACUGGGAUUUUGACAUUUUCAUCAGAAACCGGGUGGACACAUCUCCAAGCCCUGUGUUGUGGUCAACUAUGUUGAAACAACUGUUUGGUUUCGUUGGGUUCAUGUUGUUUAUGUUCUACGUUGGAGAAAAAUUCCCAUCCUAUCAACCUGUUGCCCCAAAGCAAUAUCCCUACAACAACCUGUACUUGGAGAGAGGAGGAGAUCCUGAAAAACAACCAGAGGAAGUUAAAAAUUAUGAAAUCUAAAAUACAAUUUUGCUCCUGUAUAUAUUUUUGGCAACAAUAAAGACUUAUGUUAACUUCAAAAA